AUGGAGUGUCAAAAAUGUAAGAUGAUUUUAGCGAAAAAAGGAUCACACUUCAUUUGCCAAGGACCGUGUGAAGGAACUUUUCAUAAAGGUUGUGUUAAGGGUCUUUUGGCGGAUAUAAAAAGUGGGAGGAAUCGGAUCUAUUGUAAUAACUGUGAAGACGAUGGAUCUGAAGAAGAAGAACAGCAAGAAUAUUCACAGGACUACACUAAAAAUCUCAAGGACAUACAGCUAAAAUUAUCUGCCAUUCCCGGGUUCAAAAAACAACUUGAUACAAUUACGCAAAGUUUGAGUAUGCUUUCCGAUAAGUAUGAUACAUUGAUAGUUGAACAUGAACAAUCAAAAGAUAAAAUACAUAAGCUUGAGAAAACUGUCGCUGAUAUCAACAACAAAUACGUCUAUUUGCAAAAACAAAACACCGUCCUUGAACAAAAAUUGGUAUCUCGUAAACACAAUAUCGAGAUUGUAGACGUUGAACAGCUUCCCGGUGAAAAUGUCACAGAGAUUGUCUCAAAAAUAGGCGAUAUUAUCAAUGUGAGCAGUUCGGAUAUAGAAUGGGCUAGACGUACUCGAUCACCAAAAGAAAGCAAAAAACCACCGCCAGUUAUCGUGGGCUUUAAGACUACAGGUACCAGGUCGAAGGACAGCUGGCUUACUAAGUGUCGCAACUUAUCAGACACGACGAGUAAUAUGAUUACAAAUGGUUCGGCUUUGAAUAAAAUCUACAUAAAUGAAGACUUGACCAAGACAACACGAACCCUGCUAUGGUGUACAAAGAAACAACUUCAAGGUAUUUAUAAAUACAUAUGGGUCUCGAACGGAAAAAUUAUAGUCAAAAAAUGUGAAGGUGAAAAAGCAAUAUGCGUGCGAGCCGAAAGUGACAUUUGUGAUCUACUUAACAAAAAGUGA